AUGACGGACUCAACCAUUGACCUUAAAUUACCGACCAACAACGAGGGGCAUGCCGAAUGUACUCGACCUGUCCUGGAACCGGACCAGGAGGUCCUCCAGCCUUCUACCUGGGCACCAACAAGCGAUGAGGAGCGGAGGAUCUUCCGCGUCUGGAAGGGAUUCACCCUGGCCGAGCGCAGCAAAGACACCCUGUCAUGGGUAUGGAACUACGGAGUCGAGAUUCAAUCCACAACAUCCCGACGAUGGAUCUGUAUGCCAUGUGUGCGCCAGAAGAGUCCCACACCACAGUCAUACGAAUCCAAAGGUACCCAAAACGCCGAACUCCACCUCUGGAAAGCCCACGGCUACUGGGAUUCAUCAGGACGCCGAUCCACACCGUCGCAGAAGAAGGGAGGCAAGAGGGUACUUGCCUCUAUCUCGGAUUUCAUGAGCCUCAAACGCUCCGAUCCAAAGGAUCAAGCUCUGGCCAAUAGCUUGAUCAAACGAUUCGAUCGAGGGCAGUUCCAGAAGCUCAUUGUCAACUGA